AGUGAGGAUGCGGGGCCGGGGCUGGGGUCGGGGUCGGCCGGUGCUGGCGGCGCUGUGGGCUCUGUGCUCGGCGGCCGCUCUGUGCCAGGGAGCGGCGGGGGAGGCAGUGAGCGCGGCGAGGAGCCUGGCGUGGGGGCCGGGGCUCAGGGCCGACCUGGUGGUGCCCGUCAGGUACUUCUACAUCCAGGCCGUCAGCCCCGCGGGGGACAACUUCACCCACUCCCCAGGAAGCAGUACUUUCAGUGUGACAGUCCUUGUCCUGUCACCCAGAGAACAUGUUCGGCGGUAUGUCCCCACACCUUUGGAUAGAAAUGAUGGGACGUUCCUUAUGCGGUAUCGAAUGUAUGGAAGCGCCAAUGAGGGGCUAAAGAUUGAAAUAUUUCAUCGAGGGCAACAUGUCGCCCAGUCCCCCUACAUUCUCGAAGGGCCAGUUUAUCAUGAAUACUGUGACUGUCCAGAGAAGGACUUUGAGGCAUGGAAAGAUAAGAUGUCUUGUCCUACCAAAGAAGAUCAAAUUUCCAGAGAUUUCACUAAUUUUCCAACGAUAGACCUCAAACUCCUGCAGGAGCAAGUACCAACCAGAUUUGGUGAUCGAGGUGUUAUUCACUAUACUAUUCUAAACAAUCAGAUUCAUCGACGGAGCAUGGGAAGAUACACUGACUUCAAAAUGUUUUCAGAUGAAAUGCUGCUUUCCUUGGCAAGAAAGGUUCAUCUGCCUGAUGUUGAAAUCUAUAUAAAUGUUGGAGAUUGGCCACUGGAAACUCGCCAGAUAAAGGACAACCCUUUGCCUAUCAUUUCCUGGUGUGGCUCAGAGGACACGAGAGAUAUUGUCCUUCCAACCUACGAUAUAACGCGAUCUACAUUAGAAACGCUGCGAGGUGUAACAAACGACCUCCUUUCAAUUCAAGGACACACAGGACCUGCCUGGAGCAAUAAAACCGAGCAGGCUAUUUGGAGAGGCAGGGAUAGCCGUGAGGAGCGGUUACAUUUGGUGAAGCUUUCCAAAACCAAUCCAGACCUGUUGGACGCUGGAAUAACUGCAUACUUCUUUUUUCGUGAAAAAGAGAAAGAUCUUGGAAAAGCUCAACUAAUUAGUUUCUUUGACUUCUUUAAGUAUAAGUUCCAAGUUAACGUGGAUGGUACAGUGGCAGCUUACAGGUUCCCAUACCUUAUGAUGGGUGAUAGCCUUGUGCUGAAGCAGGAUUCUCAGUACUACGAGCACUUUUACAGAUCUCUGAAACCAUUGGAGCACUACAUCCCAUUCAAAAGGGAUCUGAGUGACCUCAUUGAAAGGAUUAAAUGGGUUAAGGAUAAUGAUGCUGAAGCUCAGAAAAUUGCCAGAGCAGGACAAGCUCUUGCCAGGGAGCUCCUACAGCCCUCUAGGCUUUAUUGUUAUUAUUAUCUAUUUUUGCAGGAAUACGCUAAACGACAGACCAGAAAGCCAGAAAUUUAUGAGGGAAUGGAACAUGUGCCUCAGCCAACUGAUCAUGAAUCUAUUUGUGACUGCGAGAGAACGGCCAAUAUAAGGGAUGAACUUUAACACAAUCCACAUGGAUCCUUCUGUGGGUUUUUUGGACUCAUUGCUUAUUCUACUUGAAAAAUCUGUUUCUCUUUCAGUUUAUUAAAUGUUUGGCAGGAAGCACUAGAACUGUUCCCAAUUGUGAACAAGGACUUUAAUUUUCAGUAAUUACAGUCCACCACAUAUAUGACUAUUGGUGCUUUUGUGUCACAUCUUCCACUUGACCAAUUUUUUUUAAUAUACAGGUGUGUAGUUAUAAAAAUCUGUUACGUCUGAAGCAUAUAGUGCUGGAAGGAUUCAUGUGAAUGUUUCUCCUAUUUAGAAGUUAGGCUUACUUUACUUAAAAUAUAAUCUUCAGUGGUAUAAUAUGCAAUUUGAACUUGUUUUUAGAUGGUUUCUAUUUGUUAGCUGUGUUGCAUGUAAUCUUCUAGUGGAGGUAAUGCUAGGAAUGAAAUCAGUUAGAGAUGACAAAUAUAUGUGAUAUUUAAAGAUGACAAACCUAUAUUUUUUAAAAUUUCAGUGUUUAAAUAUUUCUUAAAUCAAUCCUAAAAAAUAAGUGUUCUACUUGACUGAACUCAAUCAUUAGUAGUUAUUUUCUUCUCGUAAAACUCUUGUUAAAUAGCAGGAAUCUGCAGUGAAAAAUCAUAGCUUUCAACAAGAUUAGAGGUUUAUGUACGGUACUCAUCUGCUCCAACAAGAUUAUCUGAGUCAUAGGUGUAGAAUGAUUUUGUAGUUCAAAAAAAAGAUUUUGAACAUGAUUUGUUGUUUGCUUGACUGGGUAACAGUGAACAAAGUCAUGUAUGGUACCAGGCUGCACACCAUGGCAAUGCGAUUUUACAUAAGUGCACCAUCUCCAACUCUUUAAUUCAUAAAAAUGUCAUGAUGAUGGUAGUCCAACUUUCAGUCUUUAGAGGCUGAGGAAGGUCACUUUUUUUAAUCCGUCACUGUCUUGGACCCAGAAAUGCUGCUUUCAUUAUGAUACGUUUGUCAAUUUGUCUUUUUGGGUGUUUUUGUAAUUUGAUUUGAUCUCCUCGUCUCAACUAUGGCUUUCUGCUUUUUAAAGGGAACCACUACAUGGUGUUAUUUAUGGCAGCCAGCCAGCUAUUCUACAUAUUGAGCAGUUUUCAGCUCAAAUCAAUAACAAAGUAUAAGACGAGAUUUUUUUUUGCUCUGAGAACGGGCAUCCAGUGAAGUUGAUGGGGUACUGCUAAUGAAGAACCAUAGACUGAAUUGUGCAGUAGCAGGUGUGUGAUCCUGUUCCCGCUCUGUCAGCACAAUGUACACUUUGGAGCAGGGGUCACUGCUCAGCAAUAAGGUAGUGAACUGCGCCUAAUAUUUUCCACAAUUAGGUAAGUAGGAUACGUCCCUCCAGGGAGAGAGUGCACAUUCCAUUCCAACAAUCUGUCGCUGGAAUUCCCAUGUGUAAGUGGGAUGCGUGGAAUUCUCAGUUUGGUUUGGAUACUCUUCAGCAACGUUAUGGGUUUCUGCAUGUGUUAGACACCCGGCUGACCAAAACAAAAAUAGUGGGAAACCUAGGUAAUUUUCUUUUCACUAGCUCAGUGGGAAUGAAUGUCCACUGUUAGGAACUCCGUUUGCUGCCCUGCCUUCUCUGCUACUAAAUGACAAUAUUGAUUUUAGGUUGAACUUUCUGUUCUAUAAGUUAAGCCCUACGUGCUACAUAGUGCCUUUGUUCAUUAAGCUACUGAGGAAGCCUUGGUAAUAUAAAUUUAGAUUUUAGUUUUUGAAAAAUGUUCAACCACUCCCAUCGGUAUGAAAUGUAAUACCUUCAAGAAAAUGUUUACCAGUAAAUGUAUUUAUUAAGAAAUAUUUGUAUUUUGUAUUUAUAUGGCUUUUAUACACUGUUUGUGAUGCAUUAAACCUUACUU